AUGAGUAAAGCAGAUUGGGGCCGCCCUGGAAUAAUUCCCGGUUUACAUGAAAACGGCGAGAAAAGGCGUCCACCGCCAUCUGGAGCUUCAAGUGGGCUCUUCGGUUUCGUUGCGGAUCCUAACGAUUCCAAAACACCUCCCGGUAUCGGUGAUCAGGGUCCAGUGCCUGAAGCGGACAGUCAACCCCCGGAGAAGCCAAGUAUAGUUGAGGAAUCUUUGCCUUCCAAUGUCGUUUCGCAAAACACCGAGCCAUCUCCACAGGUGACCAGUGACCUUCUUAUCCGUGGUGGAAAGAUAAUGGGUGGUGAACAUAUGUAUGCUGCCGAUAUUCUCGUUAAAAAUGGAAAGAUUAAUGCGAUUGGUGAAAAUUUGCGUGUUGCUCAACAAAUACCAGAAAUCGAUGCUACUAACCUCGUCAUCGGUCCUGGACUGGUGGAUUUUUCGGCAACGAGUCAUGCCUUCAGUAGCAGACUCGGGGCUGAGGGAAUGGCUGAUCCUGCGUUGAUUCGUGAAGCAACAUCUCGGGCUGUAUUAUCUGGGGCCACCACCAUUGUCGAUACGGUGUACACUGACGACGGUCAAUCGCCCCUAAGUGCAAUUGCAGCAUACCUUCAAGCCCUAAAAACUACAUACGUUCACUGCAAUGUGGCAGUAAGAGCAGGCAUUCGUCAUUUAACAAUCAGUAGCAUCUCCGAUAUUGAAACACUCGCAAAGCGACACCAUGUCAAAUCAUUUCUGCUUGCCAUCUCAGAAAAUGAUCAAAUUCUCUGCGAAAACGGAAGCCCAGAAAGUACAGUACUCUACGGCGUUCUGUGCGCUUGCCGCGGGCUUGGGAUCUUACCCACAAUUGGUCUCGACAAAAUAACUGGAUCAUGGAUUCCCCAAUCAGAAGGCGAUCCUGAAUUGCGCCUAGCUUCAAUCGCCAUUAAAAUUGCCAAGCUUGCUGGAUGCCCAAUCAUUUUAUCCCCGGUACGGUGCACGUCGGUCAUGCACAAAAUCUAUACUUCACAACAUGACAACCAGCCACUCUUUAUUUACGCUGAUGUAGCAGCUGAGGCCUUCCAUCAAGCCGUAAGUUGCGACAAAGAUGCCCUGCAUGGCUUGGCACCGUACAUCGGUGCUGACAAAAAUGUCGUACUCUCCAGUGGCGAAUCGUUCAUUUUGCCAAAUCAGCCAAACCCACCCGGUGGCUCAUGGACACAGCAGAUCUAUCAGAACAUUGUGAAAUGUGGCUGGGCUAAUGACCGCCACGUAACUGAAGCAAGCAGCAAACGGCCGGCUCAACUAGCAGGACUCUACCCUCACAAGGGCCACCUAACAAUCGGUGCAGACGCAGAUUUGGUGUUGUGGCCAGAAAACGACCGAAAUAAACCCGUUUUCACAGUGGUUGGUGGCAGAAUCGCUGUGCAGUAUAGCCAGCUGCGCAAUUCAACGCCGCGAGAUCGCGAGAACGGCAACGCUAUCAAGGCUGGCUACAUUGUGUCCGAACAAGGCCCAUGUGAUUCCCUGACCGCCAUCCAAGACAUGGUAGGUAGUUUUAGAGAUAAUCACACCGAGGUCGGUCACGUCGAAAUCAGCAAACGCAGCUCGGAAUACUCGCUAAAUCCCAUGUUUGUUAGCACACUGUUGUACAACCGGUGUGUGUAUUUGAAGAUUAAGGAACUGGGAAAAGCUCUUCAAACGACACUGUCUGCUCCACCCUCCACACCACCACAGCCACCACCCGCACCACCUUCGGAAAAGGCGAUCAACAAGGCAGAGAAUGACAGACUCGGUCCCUCAGGCGACGUCGCUGCGGCCGGCUUGCCGACCAGAGACCUGCGCUCCAUUGCAAGCCAAUACAAACGAGAUUCACUCGCAUCCACUUUCAAGCUCACGGGUAUGUGA